AUGGCCAGUGCAGCUACUCGAGAAGCCAAAAAGUACGCAGUGGCGGGAGGAAUUGCUGAAGAAGUGCUCACCUCAAUGAGAACUGUUAUCGCAUUCAACGGACAGCCUUACGAAUGCGAAAGGUACGAAAAAGCGCUGGAAGACGGCAAAUCGACGGGAAUCAAGAAAUCCUUAUACAUCGGCAUUGGCCUCGGAAUCACUUUUCUUAUCAUGUUCUCUUCGUACUGCCUGGCUUUCUGGGUUGGCACGGAUUUUGUCUUCAAAAAUCAAAUGCAAGGAGGAACUGUGAUGACGGUGUUCUUUUCCGUGAUGAUGGGCUCGAUGGCGCUCGGACAAGCCGGACCUCAGUUUGCUGUUCUUGGUACAGCUAUGGGUGCCGCUGGAUCUCUCUAUCAGAUUAUCGAUCGGGACCCGGAAAUUGACUCCUAUUCAACCAAAGGUGUGAAGCCAUCGAAUCUCAAAGGAAAAGUCACCGUAUCAAAUUUGAAGUUCACCUAUCCAACACGACCAGAUGUGCCUAUUCUCAAGGGUGUUUCAUUUGAAGCGAACCCCGGUGAAACGAUAGCACUGGUAGGUUCAAGUGGCUGCGGAAAAAGUACCAUAAUCCAGCUGCUACUACGGUACUACAAUCCUGAAGACGGAAAGAUUACAAUAGACGGUGUGGAAAUUGACAAGAUCAACAUCGAGUUCCUGCGAAACUACAUUGGAGUAGUGUCACAGGAGCCUAUGCUUUUCAACACAACGAUUGAACAG